GAAAUGCUUCUUAUCAAAGUUCAAGGUUCAAACAAACACGAUGAAAUUAGUAACCGAAGUUAAAGUCUAUAUGUUGAGCAAUAGAAUGUGUUUUGUUAAUUCUAUUCAGAAAAAGAGGUUAUAGUAAAUUAUUUUAUCAGAAAUAAAUUUGUUGUUAUGACGAUGAUUACAAGGCGAAAUCGAUAUUCGCCUUCUGGUUAUUCUGUACCACAUAAAUUCAAAAUGGCGGCGCCCAGUCAGAGUUUCGUAGCACUGUGUUUAUUUUUGAAUAUUUGUUGCUCUAUUGUGAUUGUCUUGAUAAAUAAAUGGAUUUAUACACAUUACGGAUUUCCAAAUGUUACCUUAACAUGCAUUCAUUUUAUCGUGACAACCAUUGGACUUCUGAUAUGUCACCAAUUCAACGUGUUCCAGCACAAACGGCUACCUGUUGUCGGCAUGUUACCGCUAGCGUGUACAUUUUGCGGUUUUGUUGUUUUCACGAACUUGUCAUUAGAAACAAAUACAGUAGGGACAUACCAACUUAUCAAGUCAUUAACAACACCAUGCAUAAUGCUGAUUCAAACCCAGUUUUACCAGAAGAAAUUUUCACUACCUGUGCAACUGACAGUGGUUCCGAUAGCACUUGGUGUGUUUCUCAACUCCUAUUAUGAUGUGAAAUUUAAUGUCAUUGGUAUAGUGUUUGCUGGUAUAGGGGUGCUGGUCACUUCAUUAUAUCAAGUGUGGGUAGGAGAGAAACAACAUGAAUUUCAAGUGAACUCCAUGCAGCUGUUGUUUUAUCAAGCCCCUCUGUCGGCGUUAUUACUCAUGCUCCUCAUUCCAUUUAUAGAACCCAUCGAAAAUUUACCUAGUCUGUGGAAGACAUGGCCUCUAGAAGCUUCG